UGCAAUACAUUCGUACGGCUGUAUUUGUGUUGAUAUUGCAGUUUGGCUGUAUUAGUGAAGUAUUUAGUAUCGUAAAGCCGUGGUACGAUAUCGGCAGAUAUCGGUACAUCAUUCUGUCAUUUUUCUAUACACCGCAACCUACCUUGUGUCAAUAUUAAAUCGCCUACCUAUUGGUCCCUCGGGCCUCGGCCCCUCCACCUCGGGAGGCUAUUUGGUUAAGGGGCCUUGGGCUUUUGUGCUGUUUCGUUCUGAGAAAUAUGCAUUAAAUGAGAUCAAGAUGGAAACGACCUUGCAAGAAGAAAACGAUAGUUGUUUUGCGACGAAGACUGAUAAUGUUUUUCAAUCGUUGAUUCGUGAUGAAGAUAGCUUAAUAAAUUGGCUUCAGGUGUGUUCUGCUCAUGGACUUGUGAUCACAAAAGAAUACUUUUAUGAAGAAAUUCUUCAUCGUUUGCAACUAACAACGAAUGGACAGGUCUGUGCUGACGAUGUGCGUCAGUGGCUGGAUGGGUUCUGCCUCCGCUGGGCAGACAAGCUGCGGUCUGGUCCGACUGGCGCAUUGCUGGCUGACAACCCACCACCGACACCAACUCCAGCUUCCUGGUACAGCGCGGUGAGUUCGGCGGUGGCCGGCCGCUACCCCGCUGUGCCCCUCUCGGGGUCCGACCGGCUGCUGCACCUCGCCGCCGCCAAUGUUCUGCUGGACCGCCGCACCGCGGCCGUGCGCCGUGUGCGCUCCGACACCGAUGCGGCCGGCGCGCAGCGCGACAACGUGGCCUUCCUGGUGGCGGCGUCGGCGGACGGCGAGCGCGUGCCGCUGAUGAUGCUCACUCCGGCCGGCGGCCUGGUGCGCGGCGACCUCCGGCCGGAGGACAACUGUCUUCAUCUGACCACCAGGAACGGCACGGUGACGUCUGACGCGCUGCGCCGGUACCUGUGUGAGUGUCUGGACCCGCACCUGACGGAGCGCCAGGUGGCGCGGCCCGUACUCGUGUUUGUCGACGGACGCCACCACCACGCCAGCCAGGAGCUGUGCCGGCUCUGUGAUGACCUGGGCGUGGUGCUGAUUGGCCUGCCCCCGGCGGCGGCGGCGCGCGGACCGCUGCGCAGCGCCGUCGCCGCUCUGCUGGCGGCUAACCUGACGCGUAUGGCAGACGCGGCGCAGCGCGGCCGGCGCGCCGAGCCCGACGGCGGCUGCUCGACCUCGGCGCGCGCUCUGCUCGCCGGCUAUCGGACGGCCACGCGGCGCGCCUCGCCGCAGGGCAUCGCGCACGCCUUCCAAUGGAGCGGCCUGUCCACGUGGUCAGAGUCCAUCAUCUCCGCCUGCGGUUCGGGUGCGUCAGCUCCGGAUGUCGCCGAGCUGCAGCUGCCGGAGCCGCCGCCACCUCCACUAACGGCGCCGGCCGGUCUGACAUUACCGCCGGACGGCGCGAGCCUCGAGUGGGCCGUGCGGCUGCUGCUCAGCGCCGAGCGGCAGCGGCAGCAGCCGGCGCCGCUGAAGCCGUCCCAAGUGCCGCGGCCCGGUCCCAGCAGCGCCGCCUUCCUGGUGAGUGUGCCCCUCUCCGCGGACGGUGGCGGCGCGGCGCCCGACGGCCCGCCCCUGGACACCGGGGACGGCUGGGUGACCGGCUCGACAACCGUACUCAGCUACCUCAUCAACGAGUCCGUGUUCGAGCGCGUCUACAGCAACCAGGCGGGCCGGCUCUGUCUGCUCGAGUCGAGGAGGCGGGAGCUGGAGUCACUGCUGACGCCCAGCGACCGGAUCGUCCAGGUGCGCCGCGAACUCAGCACCUGGUGGAACGAUACGGGGCGGGUGCGCCGGGUGACGCGCAUCACUGGCUCAGCGGCGCAGCCGGUGGCGCUCUACGAGUUCUACCUGGACGACGGCCGGCCGCCGCCGCCGGGCUCGCAGGCGACAGGCGCAGGAGAGGCGGCUGAGGAGCCGGGGGGCGGAGACGCGAAGCUGGCGGAGACGGACGGACAGAAGGACGGUGCUGCGGAGGAGGAUGGUGUCCUCGCGGACCCUGCCGCUCCGCUGGUGGCCGUGGAUGUCGCCCCUGGCAGCCCGGGCCGCGGCGGGCGCACCUCGAUUCCCAUCCCGGCCACCGGUCUGCCGGACGCCGAGCUGCUCCGGCUUCUGAUCGACCCGCUGCUGGACAGCCCAGCGCUCAGCCGUCCGCCGGCCGAGAAGGAGCCCAACACAGCCUACCUGAUCAACAACGAGGCCAACGUGCAGCGCCGCCGGCGGGGCGCCCCGUGCCGCUACGACGACGAGCCAGAGCGCUGGCACGGCGGACCGCUGAAGACGGGAAAGCUCUACACGUUCCUCCUGGACGAGAACGGGGCGCGGCGCGUGUGCAACAGCUCGCGGGGCCCGUACUCGCGGCCCGCUCUGCGCAACGGCCGGUGGGUGCCGGAGCCUCUGAACCCGCCGCCGACGGGGCGCGAGACGGAGGUGCAGCUGCGCCGGCUGAUCAGCCGACAGAUGUGCGGCCGCCUGCAGCACGGCGGGCUGCUGCGGCGCAUCUCCUGGGUGGAGGCGUGCGAGCCGCCGCCGGCCCGCCUGCCAGCCGUCGCGCUGUACGAGUAUACUCGUAUGUCGGUCGAGCCGCGCCAACGGGGCAACAGUGUCCAAGUGCAGCCGGUCAAUGUGGCGGACAAACGGGAGGGCGACUUCGGCUCAGAGCUGGAGUCGGACGCGGACUCUGAGCCGGACAUGGAUGAGUCGUUGAAGCGGGCCUGGAGCGGACAAAACGGGACGGGGGCAGAGGGGUCAGACGUGAAGCGCAAGAGGAGCUGGAACCCCAGCACGUGAGAUGAGACGGCACGUGACGGACGUUGUUUGAGUGUACUUGUGUGUGCUGCCCAGUGGUCAUCCACUCGUGAUGAAUAAUGUACAAACUAGAUUAAUAUUUCACUACUGGUAAAGGUUAUUUUAGGUAAAGAUAUGAAACUGCCGUUACAUCUUGUUUUGAAAAUAAAACAAACCCCGUAUU